AUGAGUAGCGAAGCCCUGAGUCAGCUGGUGAUGGCCUUACGCAACCUGAGUCCGCAAGAUGAUGGGCAGCAGCCCACGGAGGGGCGUUUCUGCAGGUUCCUCAACACGCUGCUUCGGGGCAGCCCAGGAAGCGUUCCCGGGAAUCUGAAGACUUUGUGGCUGCUGCUGAUGGCUGCAGCAUUCUUCGUGUCGCAUCGCUUGAAGUCGCCCUUUGGGUCCGCCACAGCCAGCAUGCAAAUGCUGGAGGCAAUGCCCGUGGAGUCCUCUGAUAAGGUCAAGCAGAAGGUCUCCGAAAGUUUGGCCCAUGGUCGCAGUGGAGCCCUGCAUGGGAGCAUUGUGGAAUCCAGCUUCUGCCCUUUGGCAUGUGUCCAGGUGAUCUUCGUCCUGGAGCAACUCAUCUUAUUGGCCCAGGAGCCCGUCACCUUCGCUCCAGGGGAUCGCGCCAAUGUGAUGCGGGGCGCUCCGGCCACCCAGUUCUGGGACUCCAACCGCAAGGUCUGUGGCGAGUGGUUCCAGCGCAUGCGUCCAGUGCUGCUGCAGAUUUUGAACCGCUACGGGUCUGCCAGCGCCUGCUACGCGCUGACGCAGGCGCGCCUGGUGGAUGCCCUCCAUGCAGCCGAUGGGCGCGGGAGCGUGUUGUCGGAGCAGGCGUUGCAGGCGCUGCUGAAGAAGAAACAGGAGGGACAGUGUCGCCGCGAAACGGUGCUGUCCACGAUUUCGCCGGUCAUGAGUGACCGCGCGCCCUCUCCGAGUGCCGCGGCCAUGUUGAUGCCCACAUUGGAACGCUUAGAAGUUCCCUCACGGACGCCUGGGAAGGUGACCAUCUUGACAGAUCCCAGGAACAGCCUGCCAUCUCACAAGGCUUCCGAAGCUUUAGACCAGAACCUGGUUCCCCUGCUCUCCAGUGCCCUGAGUCUGCGGGAUGUGGGGCUUUGCCGCGGUGUCAUCACCUUGUUCUGCCAUGGCAGCUGGGCCUAUGGCGCCCAACCUGCUGGUGGAUCCAAUGCGGCCUGCACGGUGGCGGUGUUUCAGGAUGCCUUGCUCAGCUUCGCAGCACAACACUACGAGGAGGCGAAUCUGCAGUUUGCGGAGGCGCAGCGGUUGCAGGAAGGCCAGUCUACGAUUGUGGAGGAGACGGCCAAUGCCAGGCCGAUGGGCAGCAGCCGCGCCAUGGAGUCCCUGGUGGCGCGCAGCUGGUUGGACUCCGCGGUGGCCGUCCGGGACGAGGAGGCGCUGGAGGCCUGGCUGGCUGCCUAUGGCAAGGCGGGGGCCGUGGUGUCGCAGGGGCUGGUGGCCUUUGCGAAGUCCUAUGAAGCCCUGCUGAAGCAUCAGCUGCCCUCCGCGCAGCGCGCCGUGCGCGAGGCCCGCGCUGGCGCCGCGGCGGACUGGGCCGAGGCCGGCGUGGCCGCGGAGCAGGUGGGGCGCCUGGCGCGGUGGGAUGACCUGCACGCGCUCUUCACGGUGGAAGCGGCAGUUGAAGUGAAGCUUGAAUCGUCGAAGGCAGCAAAUGCACUGGCGCAGGCGCGCUCUGCGGUGGAUGCUGAACUAUCAGCUUUGUGCCACACUGAGCCCCUCUUGCUCACAGGGUCGCUACAGGUGCAGGAGACGCUUCACCCGCAGAUGGACCUCUUGGAAGUGCUGGAGUCCCCUUCGAAAGCUCCCUCGACCACAGCGCUGCGCCGAGCCGCAUCCUUCGGUCUGUUGGAAACCUUGCAGGUGCAAAACGCUGAUGAGCUGCUGGAGAACUGCAUGCAGGAGCGCAGCUACAAGCUGGCGGAGUGGAUCUUGGACAAGGAAAAAGUCUCGAUGCCAAGCCUUUGGCGAGCGAAGCUGCUGAUGGCGCAGAAAGAUCGUGUGGCCGAGGGCCUUCAGGCGCUUGACUAUGGCUUGGCCUCGUCCUUUGAGAAGCUGCGGGCCCAGCGGCAGCCGAUGAUCCAGGAGAUUUCGGAGCUCUCAAUGCAGCUCCUCUCCUCGGUGCCACCGUGCCCUCCACCACGGCUGCUGCGGUCCCUUGGGGCCUUGGGGAAGCACCUGGCCGCGGAGGGUGCAGUGGCGCAGCUCUUUGGCCCCGAGUGGCAAACAAGUUGGCGGAACGUCUUGGGACAGGAACUGCAGCCCAUGAUCUCUACAAUUCAGGGGGCACCUGCGCAGCUGAAUCCCAUCUUCAUGGGGAUGUGGUUCGAACAGACCUGCAACCUCUGUGACCAUGGAAAGCUCUGGGGCCAGUAUGGCGACUGGUUGUUCUCCCAGGCUUGGUCCCUGGACCCAUGCUAUGUGGAGCUGCUCCUGACGGAGGCAUCGGCUGCGCUGCCCAGCCCAGCGGCUUCCAAUGACGUGCAGGAGCUGGCAAGACGAGUGCUGCAAGCCAUCCGCAGGUGGGUGAAGAACGACGACACCCGAGGACAGAUGUCACUGCAAUGGCUGGUGAAGCACUCGAAGGUGGCACAGUGCAAACUUUGGAAGGACCUGACUGAGCCGCUGCAGCAGCAGUUGGUUGAGCGCCUGGCACACUUGGCCAGCACCUUUGGGCAGUGGCAACGUGCUGCGAGCUGCGAGACCAUUGAGGCCUACAUGCGUCAGCUGAGCCAAUCCACCCUGCAGUCCAGUCAUCCCCAAGUGCAACGCGCCCUGCUGCGGUGCCUCCGGCUGACGGAGCGUGUUCGGGUGGAGAGUGAUGCCAUGGAACGUUUGGAGACCCGCUUUUUGGAGCCUCUGCUGCCCCAGAUCCUGGCCUACAUGAACGGCCCAAGUCACUCGGAGCGGGACGUGGCGAACGUGGCCACAGGCCUCUUCGACCGCGUGGCCGAAGCGACGCCUCACCUGGCCCUGUUCCCUGCCUUGGCAGCGGAACCGGAGAAGGCGCUGGGCGUGGUCCAGCGGCUGCAUCCCAACCUCUUGUUGUCGGCGCGACGCUUCUCGGUGGCGUUGAAUGCCAUGGCCAUUCCAGUGGAUGAGGUCUGUGCGCGCGUUCUGCAGUUCGCUGAGACCUUCUUGGCACCCAAGAGCCCUGAAGAGAUGGUAAGCGCGGUGCCUCUGCUGUUGGCGCCGCUGAUGUCGCUGUUGCAAGCCUUGGACACGGAGCGGCCGCGGCCAGCCACCACGGAAGUUGAGGCGCAGGUCUUGGGGUUGAUGGGCUGCGCGCCCUCCUUGCAAUCCACCUAUGCUCGGCGCUUCCUUCAGCUCUUCCUGCCGCCAUUGCGCAGGAUGGUCUACCAGCACAAGCAGUAUCUGUCCAGACCUCCCACUACUGGCCUUCCUGAGCUGCAAAGGAGUCUGUUGGCACAUCUCCACCUACUGCAAAACACUUGCGGGAAAUUUUCGCACUCCAGCGUGCCAUUGGCGGAUCUGUCUCCUGAGCUGCUGGAAAUGCCUUCCGGCCAUCAGCUGGGAUUGGGCUGGGAUGGUAGGUUCAAAGGUGACCAAGAGAUCAUUCUUCCCAUCGAGGUGGUCCACGGCGAGGGGCGCCUGAUGCGCUUGGUGCGCGCCUCCCAAAACGUGCAGCUUCUGUCCACCAAGACAAAGCCCAAGAAAUUGGACUUCGCAGCUGGGCUGCCACAUGGGACACACAUUGGAAAUGGUGACGACAGAAUCAGGCAGGUCCUGCAGGAAGCACAGGAUGGCAGUUGGCACAGCUUCCUGCUGAAGGGCCGUGACGACCUGCGGCUGGAUGGGCGCAUCAUGCAACUGCUGCGGAUGGUACUGAGGCUGCGUUCAGCCAAUGCGGUGGUGGAGACCUCGGCCUGCAAGGCUUUGGAGGUGCUGGGCCCCAAGGGCGCCCAGUUCCGCUGCCGCGGUUACGAUGUGGUGCCCAUCGCGCCCAGGGCGGGCCUCAUUCGCUGGGUCAGCGCAGUGCCGUUGUUCGUGAUCCACAAGCAGCGCCGACAGGCUUCCCAGAAGCAUGGCGACGAUGGCUCCGCGAAACCCAAGGCCCUGGCUUCGGCGGACCUGUGGCAUCGGAAAAUCCAGAUCCAUCUCAGGGCAAUGGACUCGGAUGUCAACAAUCCCCGGAAGCACUGGCCUCUUGAAGCGCUUCGCAGGACGUUCGAAGAAAUGCAGGCAGAUUCACCCGCGGACCUCAUUAGCCGGGAGUUGUUGUUGAGCUCCCUGCAUCCAGGAGAGCAUUUCUUGCGGCAGAGGUCCUACACCUUAUCCACUGCCUUCAGCUCGAUUUUGGGGUAUCUCAUAGGUCUGGGAGAUCGGCACCUGGACAAUCUGCUGUUGGAUCUGACCACUGGGGAGGUGGUCCAUGUGGAUUAUUCUAUUUGUUUUGACCGUGGGCAACGCUUGCGCGUGCCUGAGCGUGUGCCCUUCCGCCUCACCCGCUGCAUGGUGCAUGCUCUUGGGCCCUUGGGUUUGGGAGGGCAAUUUGCGCACACGAUGGAACUGGGUCUGGCCCUGAUGGCCGAGUGGAGGGAACUCAUCGUGUCGCUGACGGAGCCUUGCCUCAUGCUGGCGCCGGUGAACGAUUGGGUCGCUCCAGUGAUGACGCCCUUUGUGGGCGGAGCUCGGGAGGCGCCACAGAUGCCUCCAGCGAUAGCCAUGGCUCGUGCCAGCAGUGGAGAACCACAGCUGCCAAGCAGGUUGGAUGAGAGUGAAUGGUCCGCCUCCAGCGCCUUUCCCCGCGCUCCGCCUCCUGGGCCCCCGCCGCCGCCGCCGGAGCCCUCGGACGGCUCGGAGUCGGAGGAGAGCCACGGGACGCAGGCACGCGACGAGGAGGACGAGGAAGAAGAUGCUGCAAGGAGCGAAACCAGCCGUGGAGGAGGUGAAGAAGAGUGCCUUUUGGCACAGGACCGCGAAGACGUGGAUGAUCCGCUGCCCAGUUAUCACAAUGACCUCAGGGAGAGAGGUCCGCGAUUGAUGCGUACUGGCUCGGGUCCGAUUGCGGAUCCAGAUCAGCGGGAGGGAGAGGAUGGUGAAGCGGAUGAAGAAGAUGAUGAUGACUACGAGGCCGAUGAUAGCAACCUGGAGCAAGGCCCCAGCGGCGCCGAAGCCGGUCCUUCGAAACGGCCGGCCCUGCGGGCACCGCCCAAGUGCGCGCUGGCGGCCUAUGCGCUGGGCAGCAUCCACCGGAAGAUCCCGCGCCAGGGAGCACGUUUGGAUUUGGAGGCUGAGUCUCUGAUUGCGACUGCCACCAGUCCUGAGCUGCUGGCGCAGAUGUACGAAGGUUGGACCUCCUGGAUUUGA